GCUGUGCCUCAGCUGCUAGUUUUUCAGCGGAUUUUUGUUGUCAUCAAGAUGGAGUUCUUGUUAGGGAAUCCGUACAGCACUCCUGUUGGCCAGUGUAUUGAAAAGGCCACGGAUGGCUCCCUGCAGAACGAGGACUGGACGCUCAACAUGGAGAUCUGUGACAUCAUUAACGAGACUGAGGAAGGGCCCAGAGACGCCAUGCGUGCAGUGAAGAAGAGACUCAACGGCAACAGAAACUUCCGUGAAGUGAUGCUGGCUCUGACCGUGCUUGAGACUUGUGUGAAAAACUGCGGCCACCGUUUCCACGUCCAUGUAGCCAACAGAGACUUCAUUGAAGGCGUGAUGGUGAAGAUAAUCAGCCCGAAGAACAACCCUCCUGCUAUAGCCCAGGACAAAGUGCUGGCGCUGAUACAGGCUUGGGCCGAUGCGUUCAGGAGCAGUCCAGACCUGACUGGAGUGGUGCACAUUUACGAGGAGCUAAAGAGGAAAGGGGUGGAGUUUCCCAUGGCGGAUCUGGACGCUCUCUCGCCCAUACACACACCACAGCGGGGUGUCCCGGAGGUGGAUCCAGGCACACACAGGUAUAAAGCACCUGCGCAGACACACACUGCACCUGAGAGGAGCCCUAAACCUGCAGCCGCUGCAGCGCCAGUCUUCAACAACACACACAUCCAGACUGCAGCAGGACCCAUCUCUGCAAACCCAGAGCAGAUUGCGCGUCUGCGGAGUGAGCUGGAUAUUGUGCGCGGGAAUAUUAAAGUGAUGUCGGAGAUGCUGACAGAGAUGGUGCCGGGCCAAGAAGACGCAUCUGAUCUCGAAUUACUCCAGGAGCUGAACCGGACCUGUCGAGCCAUGCAGCACAGGAUCGUGGAGCUCAUCUCUCGCGUAUCCAAUGAAGAGGUCACCGAAGAGCUGCUGCAUGCUAACGAUGAUUUAAACAACAUGUUCCUGCGCUACGAGAGGUACGAGAGAUAUCGAGUCGGCAGAGCUGCACAAAACAACGGGCUGAGAGAGGUGCUGAAUGAGGCUUCAGAGGAGGAUAAUCUAAUAGAUCUGGGUCCCGGAUCUCCAGCGGUGGUCACUCCUCGCAUCAGCACUACACCCACACACACUCACACACACACACACAUGCAGACUCCUCCCGCUGCUCCUGCUGCUGCUGAUACUGCAUCCCUGUCCACACAGCUGGCGGGACUUGAUGUCAGGUCAGACAGCGUCAGCGGGACGCUCAGCUCUCUGGCCAAUCACAACCCUCAGGACGACUUCGACAUGUUCGCACACACACGCUCCAGCUCUCUGGCCGAGCAGCGCAGGAAUGUUAAAUAUGAGGAUCCUCAGGCUCUGGUGGGUUUGGCCUCAGCAUUAGACAUCAGACAGCAGAACGCCACUGGGCCCAAUGUAAAAGGCGCUAACGCUGAGCUGGAGCCCAUAGACAGCUGGCUUAUGACCCAAGGAAUGAUCCCCGUCUCGCAGUCCUCUGUCAUGGAUGACAUUGAGGAGUGGCUCUGUGCAGAUGUGAAAGGUGAAGAGCCUGAGGAAGGAGUCUCGAGUGAAGAGUUCGACAAGUUCCUGGAGGAUCGGGCCAAAGCUGCAGACCAGGUUUCUCCUCUGGGUUCUCCUGGAGACCCCAGACCUCCUGUCAGUUCGUCCAGCAGCAGCCGCAGAAAGACCGAACAAAUGGAGGAUAAUCUCUUUGCCUUGUAGAACAGUGAUGGAGAUACGAGUCCAGUAAACGCAAGCAUAUUCUCUCCAGCAGCUUCAACACGCCUGCUGCUCCUUCACACAGUUUUACAGCAGCAAUAGCAUCUAACAUACAGCACUGUGAGGAUUCUGCUUCUUUACAGCGAUUAUAAACACAACAGAGGACAGUUCAUCAAGAAACGAAAAUUCUGGCAUUAGUUACUCACCCUUAUGUUGUUUCAGAAUCAUAAGACUCAUUUAUCUUCAGAUCACAGUUGAAGAUCUAUAUAAGGAUAUUUAUAAAAUUAGAUUCAAUGUCAAGAGAUUUAUUUAAAACACAUUAGACUAUGGAUGCAGCGAUAUGAACAUUUUUGCAGGUACAACAAUAUCCAAUUUAUUUUUAUGCAAAAUAUUUACUAAUAUAUCACUGAAUGACUAAUUAUGGCUGAUACAAUUUAUUUUCAAGUCAUAUUUGGAAGUUCGUAACUGAUAUUGGCUAAGACUAAUAAAUUUUAAGCUGGUAUUUGGAAGCCGAUAAUUGAUAUUGGCCGAUACUAAUAUAUUUCAAACAAAUUUUUGGAACCCACUGACCAAUAUCGCCUAAUACUGAUAUAUUUCAAAUUGAUAUUGUUAGCCGAUAAUCAUAAUCAGCCGAUACUAGUAUAUUUCAAACUAAUUUUUGGAAUGCAAUAACCAAUAUUGGCCUGAUACUGAUAUAUUUUAAGCUAUUUUUUAAACCAAUAUUUGGAAACCAAUACUGAUAUUUGUUAAACUUAAAUUUGGAAGCUGAUUACUAAUAUUAGCAGAUACUAAUCUAAUAACAAAUAUUGAUCGAUAGUGAUAUGUCAUACUAAUUUGUGGAAUACGAUAAACGAUAUUGGCCGAUACUGAUAUAUUUUAAGCUGAAUUGUAGAAGCUGAUUAUCAAUUUUGGCCGUUACUGAUUUAUUCCAAACUAAUCUGAUAACCGAUAUAGGCUGAUACUGGUAUAUUUCAAACCAAUAUUUAGAAUUUGAUUAUUGAUAUUGUUUGAUAGUUAUAUAUUUGAAACCAAUAUUUUCCAGAUAGUGCUGAUGUUAACUGAAAUUUGGAAGCUGAUAACCGAUAUUAGCAGAUACUGCUGUAUUUUAAACUAAUAUUUGGAAUCCAAUAACUAAUAUUGGCCGAUACUGAAAAAUUUCAAACUGAAAUUUUGAAGCCGAUAACUGAUCUUGGCUGAAACUGAUAGAUUUUAUUCCAAUAUUUGGAAGCUGAUAACUGAUAUUGUCUCAUACUGAUUUAUUUUAUUUUAAAACCGAUAUUUGGAAGUUGUUAACCGAUAUUGGCAAAUAUUGAUUUUAAACUAAUAUUUGGAAGCUGAUAACCGAUAUUACCCUAUACUAAUAGAUUUUAAACUAAUAUUUGGAAGCUGAUGACCAAUAUCAGCCAAUACUGAUACAUUUAAAUCAAUAUUUGGAAGCUGUUGAACGAUAUUUGCUUAUACUGAUAGAUUUUAAAACAAUAUUCGGAAGCUGAUAACCGAAAUCGGCCAAUACUGACAGAUUUAAAUCAAAAUUUGGAAGCUGAUGAGCAAUAUCGGCCAAUACUUAUAGGUUUUAAACCAAUAUUUGGAAGCUGAUGACCGAUAUCGGCCAAUACUGAUAUAUUUAAAUCAAUAUUUGGAAGCUGAUGACCGAUAACAGCCAAUACUGCUAGAUUUAAGUCAAUAUUUAAAAGCUGAUAACCGAUAUUGACAUACACUGAUAAAUUUUGAACCAAUAUUUGAAAGCUGAUAAUCAAUAUCUGUCGAUACUGAUAGAUUUAAGUCAAUAUAUCGAAGCUGAUAACCGAUAUUGACCUAUACUAAUAGAUUUUAAACUAAUAUUUGGAAGCUGAUGACCGAUAUCAGCAGAUACUGAUAUAUUUUAAACCAAUAUUUAGAAGCUGAUGACCGAUAUCAGCCAAUACUGAUAUAUUUAAAUCAAUAUUUGGAAGCUGAUGACCGAUAUCAGCCAAUGCUGAUAUAUUUAAAUCAAUAUUUGGAAGCUGAUGACCGAUAUCAGCCAAUGCUGAUAGAUUUAAAUCAAUAUUUGGAAGCUUAUAACCGAUAUUGACCUACACUGAUAGAUUUUGAACCAAUAUUUGGAAGCUGAUAAUCAAUAUCUAUCGAUACUGAUAGAUUUUAACUAUAUUUGAAAACCAUAAACCAGUAUCUGCCGAUACAUAAAUCUUUGACACAUGUCUACAAGAGGAGAGAUGACAUGAGAGCACACAUUUUCAAUAUACAAAAAUAAACAAAAGUCUAAAUGUGUCAGGAAGGAUAUGGGAGUGAGUUGUUAAUGUCAGAAUAAAAUUUUGGGUGAACUAUCUCUUUAAGCUGAACGGCGCAGUCUAAGCGAUGUCUUAAGCCAGCAUGUAGCUGAAAUAACUGCUCAUUGCUUUUGAAUAACCAAUAAGCAGUUGAGUAGAGCAGUUUGUUUUCGUGUUUAUUGUUCAUUAAUGAACUAAUAAUCUGAAGCUUAAAGUAUACUUCGGUUGUUACAAAGAAAAUGUCAAUGAAUCUCCAAUGAAAAUGCUAAAACAGAGACAAAAAUCACAUUUAAAAGCCGUCUCAUACUUCACUUUCUCAUUAAAUCUGCUGUCCAAUUAAAUGCUUGCUAGUGUCUGACAAACCCCACCCCUUUAUUCUAAUUGGCUGUUCAUUAGAUGCGCUUGAGUUCAGCAGCUCUCACUGGCAGAGCUGAGUAAAAAACAGCACGUUUUUUGAAAGAGGGAGGAGCCACUGUAUGCCCCGCCCUCUCAUCAUAUUUUAGUUGACAUCACAUUAAAAACGUUGAAUAAAAAGUGCACAUAAUAGUCACAAUUUUCUGAAAUAUUGGAUUCAGAUACACAACUACUCGUCCAACUCUCUCCAUUCAGAUAUUCAGUGAUGCUUUUGCUGUAAUGUGAUUGGUUAUCAAAGCACACAUGAUCAGCAUUGGCCAAUGUCUCCAAAUAAUAAUAAUGUCAACUUGUUUGGUCAAAUAAUAAUGUCCACUGUUCAUAUAAAUGUGCAAACCCAAGUAUUCUUUAAGCUUUAGUGUCUGCCGUUGUGUGAGGUUGAUCAUUUGGGCGAGAGACAACCGUGAUUGGCUGGUCUGAGGAAGGUAAAUGAAUACAUUCUUGUUAAUUAGCAUAUGCAAAUGACCAAAGACAGAAAAACACACUUGUUUCCCAUCUUAAAUGAAGAGAUUUGGACUCUUUCUGAAAGAGUUGUCCAUGCCGGUAUUAACAGCUUCAAAUAUAGACAUUUUAAAGCACUGUGUCUAGAGAAAUGCAUCUUUAUUUCACAGUUUUUCCUCAAUAUCUCAUUCCAAAGUAAAGGAAAUAUAUAUAUAUAUAGUGUUCAUCAUAUAUGAGUUCACCACUCACUGAGCUCUCUUUUAAAUUAAUGAUGCUUUACAGUAAUAUAUUUCUGCAUAUACAUUAGAUUAUUCUGUACCAAAGGCAAAACUGCAGCUAAUUUAAGAAAAUAACUGAAGAUCACAGUGCAAAAAUGACUACACAAUUUAAUAUUUGUCAGAACAAAUCAUGACAAACACAAACAUAUCAAAUUUAGUUGAAAAUUAACACUUAAAUUGUAAUAAUAUGUCAUAAUGUUGUUGCUUUUACUGUUAUUUUAAAUCAAAUUAAUGCAGUUUUCUUUAAAAAAAUUGACCAACCUGAACUAUUGGAGCUCAUUAACCCUUUAAAAUUAAAUAAUUGUGGUUUAUUUAAUGUAGUAAAUGUUACUUUUACUCUACAUCAUUAAACUGUGAUAAGAGAAAGUAAUUAAUCAACUAAAUAAAUAAAUCAGUGGCUCAUUAGUUUGAUAUAUAUAUAUAUAUAUAUAUAUAUAUAUAUAUAUAUAUAUACAUACAGUGGGGGAAAUAAUUAUUGGACACGUCACCAUUUUCCUCAGAAAACAUAUUUCUAAAGGUGCUGUUGACUUGAAAUCUUCCCCACAUGUUUAUAACAAGCAAAGAAAGCAAAUCUAAUUAGUUUACAUAUGACGUUCUGUGUAUAAAAAUGAAAUGACGCAGGGAAAAAAGUAUUGAAGAGAUGAAGAAAGGAAGGUGCAGGAAGGCAGUGAAAGCCCAGACAGCAGCUGAAAUCUCUCAGUAGUUCUUCAGCAACCCUCUGCCAGGGUGGACAUUUCAGAAAGAUAUUGAUCCAAGAAAACUCAGAUGCUUUCAGAGAAAGAAAUUCAAGCUGUAGAAAGGCCCGGCCAAUCCCCUGAUCCGAACACGAUAGAGAAUACAGAAUAAAGCUCAGAUUUGAUAGACGAGACUCACAGAAGCAUCAAGAUUUAGACUCUCUGUUGAAGUCUGUGGGAAACUCACACCUGAGCAAUGCAUGAGGCUUCAUUCUCCAUAUGAGAGGCGUCUUUAAGCUGCUUAAUACUUAUUUCCCCCACUGUAUAUACAUAUAGCAUAUUUAUUUCUUUAGUUUUUGGAGUGAAAUAUGACUAAUGUUUCUUAAUUACUCAUAAUACUGAUUGUACCACAGAAAAAUUGGCACAUUUGUCCAAAAAUCUGGAUAUUUUAUAUUGUUUUGCUUGACCUAACUAAGAAUUAGCCUGACGGCAACUGUACAAUGUGUCUAUAUAUACAUAAAUGUGUAUAUAGGAAAGUUUGUCUUCGCUUUGGUGUAAAUGUUUGAUUGCGUCCCUCUUUUUAUUUGUGUGUGAUUUUGCUAUGGAGGUUUACAUUCCAGUCGGUGUACGGUCUCUAAUCGCUGUACGCUUCUUUAUCUGAAUCAUGCUAAAUAUUGCACUGCUAUUUUCCCAACAGCCCGAGCUUAAUGUUUAACUGGAUAUUUCAGCCCAAAAAUCGAGCUUUUGCUGAAAGUUUGCCCUCAAACAUUACAUUACUUUCUCAUCAAUAAAGCAGACGAAAUAUGUAAACGUGUGAAAUAAAGUCAGGAUUUUCAGAUAGAAACUCUUCUUGUAAGUUUUUUUUUUUAAUUCCAAGUUUACAUCUCUCAAUUUUGAAUUUAAGUAUUAUAAUUAUGCGUUUAAAUCUGGAUAAUGCAAGUCUAUUUCUCAAUUCUGAUGUUAAAUAUCCUAGUUAUGAGUUUAAAUUUGGAUAUUCCAAGAGUAUAUCUCUUUAUUUUUUUCAUUUAAAUGUCACAAUUCCAACAUUAUAUCUCUCUAUUCUGAAUUUACAUUUCACAAAACAGCUUAAUGCUUUCAUUUCUACUCUCAAAAGACAUUGUGUAAUGUAGGAAGGGCUUAAAAUGCUGUGUUUUAUCAGUAAAAGCAGCAGUUUAGUGUGUAAAACACUGGACGAGUGUUAAUUUAGGCUAUACUUGCACACUUGUACUGUGGUUGUGAUGGAAAUGGAGCAUUUUCAUCAAUAAAUGAAGAGUGCUCGUUAUGCCAAAAUGAUCCAAUUAAUAGAUUAACUGUAAUCUGCAAAGACAGUUGCUGUAUCCGAAAUCGCUCCAUAUACCAUGCGUUAUUUGCGGAAGCAGCCAUUUCUAGUGGUGUCCAAACCAUAGUAAGCGUUCUUAUGUGCACUUAAUCAAUCCCACAGUGCACUCUGAUAACAAGUAAACAACCAACAUACACCUAACAGCUGGAAAACACCUAAAAUACACUGUGAGGGCUUUCGCGCCAAAUGAAUUCCCGCGUCUGACCACAAGAUGGCGGCCGUAUAGCGCAAUCCUGUCAGGGAACGAUUGAAAAUGAAAUAUCACUUAAUUAAAGUGAUGUCUGUAUACAUGAGAGAACUCAAAAGUCUUUGUUUCAUAGUAGACAGCUCGCUGAGUGUUAUAAAUCUAUCACAUGAUCUUUAUAAAUCGUCUGAGGGAUUUAUUAAGCAGCAAAACACAAACAAAAGGCAUUCAGUGCACUCAGUAGUGCUCCAAAUCACUAACUCGUUUCAUUCACUAUUUAAAUAUUAGUGAAUGAGGGUGUGAAGGUGAUUUCGGAUACAGCAGUGUUUUGUGUUGAAUGAGUGAAGUGUUAUUUCUGCUUUAUCAUUACUGGGAUUAACUGCUUCGAUGAAUGUCGCCAUUUUAUGACGGUAAAAGUGACUGUUUUGAUGAUCUCAUCAUGUCUUACAUGUAUUUUAGAAUAAUGGAAUGUCAUAAAAGUGUCCUGUUGUCAAAUGUAUCGAUUAAUCCAAACUAUUUUAUUAAAGUGAUUUGCUUAAUGCAAA